AUGUUAGCUUUUCUGAUCUCCCUCUCCCUUCCUCUUCUCCGUCGCCUCUCCCUCCCUUCCCGCUGUCGCCUCUGGUGGGUGCACGAGCGUGAGUGCGGGUUUCUGCCCGACCGCGCGUUGUUUUCUGAGGCGCCGUUGUCUCAGCAUUGCGCUCCCAUUGGUUUCCUCUUUAGCAUUGCGCUGGCGCCUUGCGCGCUGGCGCCCUGCGCGCUGGGGCCCUGCGCGCUGGCGCCCUGCGCGCUGGCGCCUGACGCGCGCUGGCGCCUGGCGCGCACUGGCGCCUUGCGGGCGCUGGCGCCUAACACGCUGGCGCCUGACGCGCGCUGGCGCCUUGCGGGCGCUGGCGCCUAA